AAUCCUGCUGGCUGAUAGCACAGCAAACCAACGGAGAACGCUCCACAACAUCAACGGUGUGGUUCUCAUCCAGUACAAUUCUUGUAUACUACCCAAACCAGUAGCAACCCUAAAGGAGUAUCUCGAGUUUAUCAUUAAAUCAACGUCUACAGGGAUGUUGCUUUGAAGGAUCCCGGACAUUUUCUGUUUUUCAAGUGAAAAAGAGAGCCAACCUGAUUCGCAAGUGAAUGUGACAGUAAUUGAAUACAUCGUGAACAGUUGUGAUUAGGAAUAAUGAGCCAAAUGGGUGAAAAAAGAACUUUUAAUGUUUGUGUAAUAAGGCGCACCGAAAAGCUUUCGCGAAAAUCGACGCGAUGAAAUCUGACAGCUGUGAGAUGCUGUGCAAACGCUGCAGAGAGAAGUGAGCACCGAACAGUGAAUCCAGUUAUCAAAACAUAUUUUUGCUAUUCAGGCAGCUCCCACUGCGGACCAAAAAAAAAAAAGAAUGCCAAAGGUAAAUUUAACCCUCAAAGUCCUCGCCGCGUGUGUAGUGCUGUGGACCCUGAUAGCGCUGUGUGAUGCUAAUCCGGAUGCCAAAAGACUUUACGAUGACCUGCUCAGCAACUACAAUCGUUUGAUACGCCCUGUAAGCAACAACACCGAUACGGUUCUGGUAAAGUUAGGGCUGCGCUUAUCUCAGCUGAUCGAUUUGAAUCUCAAGGACCAAAUUUUGACCACCAACAUUUGGUUGGAGCACGAGUGGCAAGAUCAUAAAUUCAAAUGGGACCCGGCAGAAUACGGCGGCGUAACAGAGCUGUACGUGCCAUCCGAACAUAUCUGGCUGCCGGAUAUCGUACUGUACAACAAUGCAGACGGGGAGUACGUUGUGACAACGUUGACCAAAGCGAUCCUGCAUUACACCGGUAAAGUGAUCUGGACACCACCAGCCAUUUUCAAAUCGUCCUGCGAGAUUGAUGUACGCUACUUCCCGUUCGAUCAGCAGACCUGUUUCAUGAAGUUUGGAUCGUGGACAUACGAUGGCAAUCAGAUCGAUCUAAAGCAUAAAAAUCAGCUCAACAACUCCGACAACAUGGUAAAGAUUGGAAUCGACUUACGUGAAUACUAUCCCAGCGUGGAGUGGGACAUCCUUGGAGUACCGGCGGAACGUCAUGAGAAGUACUAUCCUUGCUGUGCAGAACCAUAUCCUGACAUUUUCUUCAACAUCACGUUGAGACGAAAAACACUGUUCUACACAGUUAAUUUGAUAAUACCUUGUGUCGGCAUUUCGUACCUUUCGGUGCUCGUGUUCUACUUGCCAGCUGAUUCUGGAGAAAAAAUUGCAUUAUGCAUCAGUAUUCUGCUAUCACAGACCAUGUUCUUCCUGCUGAUAUCGGAAAUCAUACCUUCCACCUCGCUGGCCUUACCCUUGCUCGGCAAGUAUCUCCUGUUCACGAUGAUUUUGGUCGGGCUGAGCGUCGUGAUCACCAUUAUUAUACUGAACAUACACUAUCGCAAGCCGAGCACUCACAAGAUGGCACCGUGGGUCAGGAAAUUCUUUAUCCUCCGUCUACCGAAAUUGCUACUGAUGCGGGUGCCGAACGAUUUGCUAAAGGAACUUGCUGCCAACAAGAUAAACUACGGAAUCAAAAUUAGUAAGAGCAAAUUCGGUGCGGCACUGGCUGCUCACUCUCAGAUGCAACAGAAUUCCGGUGGCUCAAGUCCAGACUCAAUCCGACACAUGCAGGGACGCCCAGGAGGCUGCAAUGGUUUGCACACAACAACGGCAACAAACAGAUUUAGCGGACUCGUUGGAGCCCUCGGAGGCGGCCUCAGCAGUCUUGGAGGCUAUAACGGGCUCCCGUCGGUUAUGUCUGGUUUGGACGAAUCACUGAGCGAUGUGGCGCCGAGGAAGAAAUAUCCAUUCGAGUUGGAAAAGGCCAUUCAUAAUGUUAUGUUUAUACAGCACCAUAUGCAGCGCCAGGAUGAGUUUAAUGCGGAGGAUCAAGAUUGGGGAUUUGUGGCGAUGGUAUUGGAUCGUUUAUUUUUAUGGUUAUUUACACUAGCGUCAUUAUUUGGAACAUUUGCAAUCCUGUGCGAGGCACCCUCGCUGUACGACGAUACCAAACCGAUUGACAUCGAGUACUCCAUUAUCGCCCAAAAGCUGUUCAAUCUCACUGUGAAGGAUCCGCGGCACGCCUAAGUAACAAAAUUCCACCCUCCGGCUCAAGAGCUGCUGCACAGACCGGAUUUCCAAAGGCAGGAUUUCCGCGCGAUAGAAGUUAAAAUUUAUUGGCUCUUCCAACGGAAUGUUAUCUCAAAUUGACUUAACCAAAGAAAGCUCCAAUGAGGGGCAGAUCGUGUCGUGUGUAAGUGUAUUCGAAUCGAAGAGAGUAAGCAAUUUUUCACCGUGUUAUUUGCUGUACUACAAGAAUCAGCGGUUAUUAAUCACCAGUAGAUAUGAUAUGGUUAAGCCAGUAAAGUGACUAUCAACUAAACCGUAAGCACUUUUUGCAUAUUUGAAAUAAAUUACCAUGUUUCUAAUUAAA